AUGAAAGGCGCGAACAUUGACUUCAAUCAGCUAAUGGAACUUUGCAAAGACUCAAGAGAUUCUCUAAAAGCUCUAUACCAGUUAAAUACUCAUGACGAAAACGAUAUCAAUAAAAUUUACACCAAUCUUAAAGAACAAAUAGAUUCACCUGAAAAACUCGUUGAACAGAUAAUACUUGCAUCAAAGUAUAAUCUACGCUUCUUCAAAUCCUAUUGGACAAUCUUCAAAAAAGUGUUUGGAGAAUUCCAUCCAAAACGUGUACAAAACAUUUCUCCCAUUUUCGAUUACAUGGUAUUCAAGGAAUAUGGUAUUGUUUUCCAGGAAAAUAGCAGAAAUUCUUUCGAAAAGUUUGAAAAUAAAAAUUAUACACUUGACAUUCACGAAAAGUUCUCAAUUUACACAGCAAUCAUGGAAGAUAAUCUUGAACAGUUUGUUUCAUUAGCAAGCAAAGAUGAUUUCGAUGAAAAUGUGACAUUACAGCACGAUUUCUAUCCGAAGAAAAAUCACGAAUACAGUUUACUUGAACUCUGUUGUUACUAUGGUGCCGUUAAGUGUUUCAAGUUUAUUAUUACGAAAUUUGAACCUGAAAUCACUCCAGAAUGCCUUCAACUGUCAUUUUUGAGUGGAAAACCAGAUAUCAUGAAUGAAUGCAUGAAAGUUCAAAAACCUGAUAACAAAUGCAUGAAAUAUGCAAUUAUUUCACACAACAUUGACUUUGUCACAUUCUUGAUGAGGGAGCACAAAAUCGAUAUAAAUCUUGAUCAAUGCUGCAAAUUCAAUUGCAUUGAAGCAUUUUGUGCAUACUUAGUUAAUACAAAGGAUUACAUAACAUGUUUUGUUCAUUCACCAAAACUUUUUUCUGUUCCUUUGCUUGAAUAUUUUAUAAAUCAUGUUGAUAACAUCGAUAUCAAAUCAAAAGGCAAUUACACUGCUCUUUAUAUCGCUGUAUUGAGUGAUUUCAGGAACGGAGUAAAACUUCUUGUUUCCAAAGGAGCAUCAAUCAAUGAGAAAUUUGAAAAGGGUAACACUUAUCUUCAUUAUGCUUCAUGGCUUGGUUUCAAUGAGAUAGUCAAUAUGUUUAUCUCUUAUGGAAUUGAUGUUAAUUCAAAGGGGGAGAAUGGAUCAGCUCCACUUCAUUUUACAGCACUUUAUAACUUGCCAGAUACUGCCGAGAUCCUUCUUCAACAUGGAGCAGAUAUUAAUAUAGGCGAUGAAAAUGGAGAAACUCCCAUUCAUUAUAGUGUACAAAAGAAAAAUAAAGAAAUAUGCGAAUUUCUUCUUCAGAAUAAUGCUGAUGUUAACAGAGGAAAUAAUAAAGGUCAAACCGCUCUUCACAAAACAGCAGAAAUGGCAGAUACAAAAUUUGCAGAGUUACUUUUAUCUCACGGUGCAGAUAUCAAUGCACGCGAUAAUAAUGGAGAAACUCCACUCUCUAUUGCAAUUGAUAAAAGCAAUCUAAUACCGAUUCCGUGGGGCUUGGUAAGACCUAAAAGUGAUGAAAAAGAAACUCCUCAUCCUGAUUAUUCCGAAUAUGUUGAAUAUCUUCUUUCGCAUGGAGUUGAUGUUAAUAUUGCAAGCAAAAGAGGAAUUACAUGUUUACAUCGUCAAGCUGCAUCUAAUAAUAAAAAAAAAACUUGA